AGCUUUUCCCGCGUUUAAAAAAGGUUCAAUUUUUGGCCGCUAGAUGCUGCCUCGUUCGCUGCAGACGGCAUCCAAUUCCACAAGCGCUGUUAUCCUCGUGGCUUGCGGCCGCCGUAUUUUUGCCUAUUUGGUGGACUGUCGAUCUGUGUUGUGAGAUUGAUCCACUGAAAUGAGUCGGUUUUUCGCCACCGGAACGGAUUCUGAGAGCGAAAGCUCGUCGGAAGAGGAGCAGGUUCAGCGCCAGCCAGCAGCAGCUUUCACAUUCAGCGAUGAUGAGGAAGAGACCAAGCGCGUUGUUCGGUCAACAAAAGAAAAGCGCUAUGAGGAGCUGACUAAUUUGAUCAAGCAAAUUAGGAACCAUAAGAAGAUCAAAGACAUGAGUAGCAUGUUAUCAUCAUUUGAGGAUUUAACACGGGCGUAUCAAAAAGCUCUCCCCGUAAUAGCAAAGGAGGAAAGUGGGGUCACUCCAAGGUUCUAUGUUAGGAUUCUCGCUGAGCUUGAUGAUUUUAUCAAUGAAGUUUGGGAGGACAAGGACGGAAGGAAAAACAUGAACAAGAACAACUCAAAGUCUUUGGGUUCAAUGAGGCAAAAGCUGAGGAAGUACAUUAAGGACUUUGAAAAGGAACUCACCACCUUCAGAGAGGCUCCUGAUGGUGAUGAUGAAGAUGAAGCGGAGGAGGAAGAUGUUGACUCCGACGACUCUGACGCAAAGCCAGUCAAGAAAACUGUUCCCAAACUGGAGCAAGAGAAAGCAGCAAAGAAACCCACUGCAGGUGAUGAUGGCGAUGAGAGUGACGACUCCAUGGAUUGGGGCAGUGAUUCGGAUACUUCCUCUUCUGAAGACGAAGAAGACAUUUAUACCAACAUUCGCGAUCGCUUCUUGAAAAAGCCUGAGAAAGAGGAGGAAGAAACUAAGAGGGAAAAGAAGGAACGCCGUGAUCGAGUGAAGAAGCGUGAGGAGGAAGAUGACGGAGGCGUCUGGGAAACUGUCCGUGGAGGAGUUGCCAUUCCUUCGGAAAAGCCGAAAAUGUUUGCCAAGGAUGCUGAGAUCGACGUCAAUUUGGUGGUGCGCAAACUGAGUGAAAUCAUGGCCGCCCGAGGCAAGAAGCGUACUGACCGCAGGGAGCAGAUUGAGUUGCUGCACGAGUUGCAGAACAUCUCUGAACUGCACAACCUGGGGCCUGCCAUCAACUUCAAGAUCAGACUGGCGAUCAUUGCUGCCAUUUUCGACUACACCCCUAAAGUGUCAGAUGCAAUGAAGCCUGAGUACUGGACCAAGUUGUUGGACCGCAUUCCUGACGCUAUGGAUGUGCUUCUGGCCAAUCCAGACAUGCAAGUGGCAGAGGAAAUACUGGAAGAGCACGAACAGUUUGACCAGGAGCCCUACCAAAUCAGGGGAUGCGUCCUGACCGUCGUCGAACGUCUUGACGAGGAAUUUGUCAAGCUGCUGAAGGAGUGCGAUCCACACAGCAAUGAAUACGUCCAGAGGCUCAAGGACGAAAUCAAGGUCACUCAAAUCAUUGAUAAGGUGCAGACGUACAUUGAACACCAAAACAAGCCUGCGGAAAUCUGCAGAAUUUAUCUGAGGAAGAUAGAGCACCUCUACUACAAGCUGGAUGGCACUGUCCUUGAGAAGAGAGAGGGCCGAAUGCCUGCAGACACUGUUACAAGCGUGGACGUGAUGGAGCGCCUGUGCAAGUACGUGUACGCCAAGGACAACACGGACAGGCUGCGAACGCGCGCCAUCCUGUGCCACAUAUACCACCACGCGCUGCAUGACAACUGGUUCGAGGCGCGCGACCUGGUGCUCAUGUCGCAUCUGCAGGAGACCAUCCAGCACUCUGACCCGUCAACUCAGAUCCUGUACAACCGCACCAUGGCCCACCUGGGCCUGUGCGCAUUCCGUCACGCUAACAUCAAGGACUCGCACAGCUGUCUUGUCGACCUCAUGAUGACCGGAAAGGUCAAGGAGCUGCUCGCUCAGGGUCUGCUGCCUCAGCGCCAGCAUGAGCGAAGCAAAGAGCAGGAGAAAAUAGAGAAGCAACGCCAGAUGCCAUUCCACAUGCACAUCAAUCAAGAACUACUCGAGUGCGUCUAUCUUGUGUCCGCGAUGCUCAUUGAAAUCCCGUACAUGGCUGCGCACGAGUUUGACGCCCGCCGCAGGAUGAUUUCCAAGACAUUCUAUCAGCAGCUGCGUUCUAGCGAAAGGCAGAGCUUGCUGGGGCCUCCUGAGUCAAUGAGGGAGCACGUUGUGGCUGCUUCCAAGGCUAUGAGGAACGGAAACUGGAACGCCUGUUUCACUUUUAUCAUUAAUGAUAAAAUGAAUGCUAAGGUGUGGGAUCUUUUUUCUCAAGCAGACAAGGUUCGCACAAUGCUGAAGAGGCUGAUCCAGGAGGAGUCGCUGCGCACGUAUCUGUUCACAUACUCAAACGUCUAUGACUCAAUCUCGAUGGAGAAGCUCUCGCAGAUGUUUGAGCUGGACAAGCCUGUAGUGCACUCAGUUAUCAGCAAAAUGAUCAUCAACGAGGAACUGAUGGCCUCGCUGGACGACCCAACGCAGUCGGUCGUGAUGCACCGCUCUGAGCCGAGCAGGCUGCAGUCGAUCGCGCUGCAGCUUGUCGACAAGGUCAACAACCUGGUCGACUCAAACGAGCGAAUCUUCGAAAUGAAGCAAGGCAACUUCUUCGUCAGAGGUGGAGGCGGCGGUGGCCAGGGCAACUUCCGUGAGCGUCAGAAUUACAAUCGUCAGGGCCAGGAUUGGGGCCGCCAACGCAGAGACAGAGAAAAUCGUGACAGAGAAAACAGGGCCUACUAGCCGCAGGUGGAAACUCGUUUAGUUCUGCAUGCGACUCUGCGGGAAAUGCUGUGCCCGAGGGGUUGAGGGCGUCGCAGCCCCCAGCCCCUCGGGUCUCUGUCUCAAUGUCUCUUAAGGAACUUUAUUGUAUUACCCUGGUUUCGUAAUAAACUAUGUUAAAUCAAGA